AAAUUGUAUUCAUUUUUCGAUAAUCCAGACACGGUCACUCUAAUCCCACUAUAUAAUGUAAAAUUAAUCACAAUGUAUGUUUAUUCUUAACUAUAUAUAAGCAAAAUCGAAUGUGCAAUAUAAUCCAUAAGUAAAAAAUCAAGACUCUCAAACAUGUAACUAAGCACCGACAAAUUCGGAUCAACGUAAACAAGCAUUGUCCCUCACUCAAACUCAAACAAACUCAAAAAGUCGAAACAACGAAACAGUAGAUAUUUUAUAAAAUCGGAUUUUUACGAGAUCGGGUUGCAGGUAAUCUAUGCAAAACUUGCGUGUGUAAGAAACAGAAACAAAUAACAUAAUACAGAAUAAGCAACAGCAUCAAACACUCUUCGACACCCACUCGAAAAGCUUAAAACAUUCCAAAAGAGUAGCCACCAGCGGCCAAAAGGCAAACAAACAAAAAAAUAAGUAAACCAGUAGGCGAUCGGCAUCGGGGAGAUCAAGAGCAUUAGACUACCGGAAGUGUAUAGGAGUUCAGAAAUCGAAAAUCGACAGGUUCAGAUCACCGUGGAUCAGCCGCAGGAUAUGGAAGUGGAUGCGCCUCUAGCGCAGCACACCAGCGAUAAUAAUUCGAAUCAACAGGAGCAGCAGCAUCACCCUCACCAUAACCAACUGGAGCGAAAUUCACCCAUCGACUAUCAAUCGGAAUCAUCAAUGAACUUCGAUUACUUGCAAGAUCUGCGUGCUGGCGCCACGUCCUCAUCCGGGGCCGGAUCAGGAGCAGGCGCCGGUGGUCAUAGACGCCGCAACUCGUACGGCCUUGUCGACGACAGUAGGACCCUGGACAGACCAUAUAACGCCAACGAAAGGUUCGUCAACAUACUAGACCAGUUGGAUGCACGGGUGGAGAAACUGCGCAAAGAUGCAUUAAAUUUGCAGGAGAAGAAAGACUAUCUCUUGAUGUCCAUGGAUCUAAUCAAGACCAACGAAAUGAUGCAGAACAUGAGCGAGGCUGAACAAGAAGAGAUCAUGUUGUAUAUUCAGCGAGUCAGCUCCCGGCUUGGAACAGUGGAAUUAAACGUUCGCACUGUUCGCGACAAUUCUCAGGAGGAUUCACUCAGCCAGAUCAAUGCCUUGAUCGACACAAUGAUCAAGAUGGGUGAUCCGGUCAUCGCUCGCCAACGUUGUCAGAUGUACUUAAAUGCCUGCUGCAGCAGCUCAAUGGAUCCGUCUGGUCACAUGGACACCGUGCCCGAAGCCGAUGUGGGGCCAAUCGACAAGAAAUUUGAGAGUGUGCUUCUCGGAUGUACUCUGGACGAUCAGAAGAACAUCAAGAAACGACUGCAGGCAUUAAUGGGAUAUUUAAAUAAGCAAACUGUUAGCCAUUAAUAUAAUUGUUUUUGGUCCUUUUUGGUCACUAUUCAUAGCAUUAUUAUCAAACCAAACGAAAACAUCAUCACGCCAGAUGCAAAUAAUAAAUAAUUUAAUGCGAACAACCAAAUA